AUGUCCGAACGAUUGAAGCUUGACCUGGAUCUCAUUGUGCUAAACUGUACUUUGGCCACUGUUCAAGACGUUGUUCAAUGUGACAUUGGCGUCAAAGACGAGAAAGUUCACUCAAUUGUCCCGCAAGGAUCGUUGGCUGGCUUGAAGGCCAAAAAAACAUUGAUGCAAAGGGAGCACUGGUUACGGUUAGUCUCUUUCCCACCUCUGUCACGAGUAAACUAUCGCCAUGUGCUGACCUUCCCCAAGCCAGGAGGAAUCGAUGCCCAUGUUCACCUUCAGGAGCCGCCUCUAUUUGGACUUGGCUCCACUGCAGACAGCUUUGAGUCCGGCACCCGCGCCGCGAUUGCGGGAGGUACAACCACCAUUGUUGCGCUCACGAACGUGCCCACAGCCAAUGCUACAGCGACUACUCCCUUCCGAGAAAUGGGCAUCUCGUCCGUCAAGAUAUACAUGACCUACGAAGCUUUGCACCUCAACGACGAGCAAUUCUUGGAUGUCUUGUUUCAAUCCCGUCUAAACAAGGUCACGACUCUGGUGCACGCCGAGAAUGACUCUAUGAUUGCGUGGAUGACCAAGGAACUGCACGAGCGCCAACUAUAUGCACCGAAGUACCAUACGGCUUCUCACCCGUCUAUCGCCGAGAUUGAGGCAAGCUACCGUGCGAUCUGUCUCGCUGAGUUUAUUGAUACUCCCAUCUUAAUCGUGCAUGUCUCUAAUCCUCGAGCCGUCGAUAACAUUCGACAAGCCCAGGCAAAGGGGCUUCCAAUUUACGCCGAGACAUGUCCUCAAUAUCUGUUCCUCAGCAGCGAGAACCUGGAUCGACCUGGGCUCGAGGGUGCAAAAUAUGUUUGA